AUGUCAAGCUCAAAAGCCUCCUCGGGCCCGUCCGAGUUUCGAGAAUAUGCGAGCCUCGCACAUUCAUCGGAUCCGCUAAACUUGUGUCCAGAGCUGGGUAUAGGUGCCAUGGCCGGGCAUAAUGAAGAAGCCAAGUCCGAGAUCAUGUUCAACGAGCAGCCUCUAGACGAGAAAGAAAAGGACGGCGACGACGAGUCCCAGUACCCCUCGGGGCUACCGUUUGCACUAACAAUGGUUGCCCUGUUCGCCGCCGCCUUCAUAGUCGUGGUUGGCCAGAUGGUCAUCGCCACCGCCGUCCCCACCAUCAGCGACACGUUCCAGAGCUUUGGGGACGUUGCCUGGUACAGCGUCGGUGGGCAAAUCACCGGCGUUGCCAUGCUGCUUCCCUUUGGUCGGGCCUACACGCUGCUCAACAACAAGUGGACCUUUGUGACCUCUGUCAACAUUUAUUUGUUGGGGAGCGCCCUGUGCGGGUUUGCCCCGUCCUCCGCCGUCUUUAUUUUCGGAAGAAUGGUGCAGGGCGUGGGGAUGGCUGGCGUCAUGGACGGCACCUUGAUCAUUCUUGCCCAUCUAACCGCGCUGAGGAAGAGGAGCUUAUAUGUUGGGUUUUUCGGGGGUGCAUAUGCAAUUGCGAACGUUCUAGGGCCGAUAAUUGGUGGUGCUAUAACGACAAGGGCGUCUUGGAGAUGGUGCUUUUGGUUCAAUCUCCCCGUUGGGGCGGUAAUUGUUCUACUCAUCGUCUUUUAUCUGCCCAACAACAUGGAAUCUACAAUGUCCACGUCCGGAAAGAAAAUGACCUGGGGCCAAUUGAUCAUGCGACUCGACCCUCUGGGGACCCUGCUCCUCUUGACCUCGCUCAUCUGCCUGGUGCUGGCUCUGCAAUGGGGCGGCGAGAACAACGCGUGGAGUGAUGGCAAAGUCGUCGCCGCGCUUACCGUGUUUGCGGCGACCAUUUUGCCCUGGAUGGCCUUGCAGCGUUUUCAAGGGGAAGACGCCACUGUCCCUUGGAGCAUCGUGAGCCGGAGAUCAGUCGCGGGGUUCCAAUCCCUCCAAGGGGAUAAUCCCCAAGCUUCAGGCUUCAAACAGCUGGCGUUAUGCCUCAGCACCACGGUUGGCGCAGUCGCCGCGGGCGGACUUGUGGUGGCAACCGGCUACUACAACCCCUACAUGAUUCUCGGUUCCGUAUUGGCCACGGCUGGUGCGGCAAUGUUGAUGAUUAUUGACCCAAAUCGCAACCUUGGUUUCGUUAUUGGUGCUCAGAUCCUCAUCGGCGUUGGUGUCGGAGCCGGAGGCGAGCAGGCAAACGUUGCUGUUCAGGCCGUGCUACCGAGCUCCAAAUUGGCAAGGGGCACGAGCCUGUCCCUCUUCGCGAGGCUUUUCGGUUUCGCGUUGUGGGUACCGGUGGCCCAGAGUAUCAUCCAGAAAGAGAUAUUCGUGCAGAUCGGACCCGAACUGACCGGCCAGAUCUUUGGCGAGGGCGAGGCAAGGGAUUUGCGCGAGCAGCUGGAGGAAAUCUUUGAUGGGGACAACACCCCGGACUACUUGGACGCCCUCGAUAGGGUCAACUAUGCCAUCACCAGGGCGUUUAUGCUGGCCGUGAUCUUGGCUGCCCUUUCGCUGCCAUUCAGCAUGCUGGUAGAAUGGCGGAGCGUCAAGAAGAAGCAUGGCUCUAAGGGGAAGAACAUAGAAGGGGAGGGAGAGUGA